UACCCACAAGCUCUCCCUUUCCCUAUUUCUUUCCCACAGGUGCCUCUUGGCAGGCCAGUGCAUGGACAGCUCGGGCAAUGCCACCAUGCCCUGCUGUGGCUUUCUCCUUCAGGGCUUCUCUGAGUUCCCACACCUGAGGCCGGUGCUCUUCUUGCUGCUGCUGGCUGUGCACCUGGCCACCCUGGGCGGGAACCUGCUCAUCCUAGUGGCCGUGGCCUCGGUGCCCAGCCGGCCGCCCAUGCUGCUCUUCCUAUGCCAGCUGUCAGCCAUCGAGCUCUGUUACACACUGGUGGUGGUGCCCCGAUCCCUGGCCGACCUGGCCACGCCAGGCCUUGGCAGGGGCAGCCCCAUCUCCUUUCUGGGUUGCGCCAUUCAGAUGCAGAUGUUCGUGGCACUGGGUGGGGCCGAGUGCUUCCUGCUGGCCACCAUGGCCUAUGAUCGCUACGUGGCCAUCUGCCACCCGCUGCGCUACAUUGCAGUAGUGACCCCAGGGCUGUGCGCGAGACUGGCCCUGGCCUGCUGCGUUGGAGGAUUGGCGGUGUCCGUGGGGCUCACGGUGGCCGUCUUUCACCUGCCCUUCUGCGGCUCUCGCCUGCUGGUGCAUUUCUUCUGUGAUAUCACGGCACUGUUGGACCUGGCUUGCACGCGAAGCUACACCGAGGAGCUUCCCCUGCUGGGGGCCUGCCUGGUGCUGCUGCUGCUGCCCUCACUACUCAUCCUAUCGUCCUAUGGCGCCAUCGCCGCCGCCCUGCACCGCCUGCGCUCCCCCGGGGGCCGGCGCAAGGCCGCCUCCACCUGCGCCUCGCACCUGGCCGUCACCUUCCUGCACUACGGUUGUGCCACCUUCAUGUAUGUGCGGCCCAAGUCCAGCUACUCCCCGCGGCGGGACCGCACGCUGGCACUGGUCUACACCAACGUCACGCCGCUGCUGUACCCGCUUAUCUACAGCCUGCGCAACCGUGAGAUCACUGCGGCCAUCCGCAGGGUGCUGGGGCAGGGGCGGCAGGGACACGGUCUGUGUGAGCCCUGACAGCAGGCAGGGAUCAGGCCAGACAGGAAGCUCUGCUCCCUAAAGCUCUGUCAGGAGGUGUCUGCGUCAGGAACGCCACCAGGGGGGACUCAAGGACUGGAUUCGGGAACGAGAACCAGGAAAAGUGUCCACAAAAGAAAAGUCUCUCAG